AUGCUAGCAGGAAAACCGGCCAAGCGCCCUCCCCCACCUGUGAAUACGAGUAUGUAUGUGAAAGUGGACCCGGAUGAAGUCCUGCAGCCUGUUAAUGACAGAGAAAAGGGGGAUAUUCGAGGUGAGUUGGCGCGUGCUAUGGAGAUCCAACAAACCAAAAUUGCGACCCUCUGUGGUUAUUUUUACACUGCCACUGGCGCCCCACCUACCACGACCUAUCGUGCCGAGCCUCAUGAGCGAUUGCUGCUGCACUUCCAUGGAGGUGCUUAUUGGAUGGGCACAGCGCAAGAGUCUGGUCUGUCGGCCAAAUUCUGCUCUGAUCUCCUUGCCCGUAUCCAGGAAAAGGAUGGUUCGAUUAAGCGUGCCUUCCAAAUGGAAUUCCGCUUGACGCGUCACGAUGACCCUACCUUUGGCUACCCGGCUGCACUUUUGGAUGCUCUCGUGGGAUACCUAUAUUUGAUUCGUGUAUGUGGUUUUGAGCCGAAAAAUAUUGUCAUGUCUGGCGAUAGCUCCGGCGGCAAUUUGGCGUUGGCGCUGUGCCGAUAUCUGCGUGAUGAGGGCGUGGCUGAUCUGCCAGUAGCCCUUCUCCUCUUGUCUCCGUGGUGUGAUAUUUCGCGCUCGCACAGUGGACCGGUGCUAUCGCCCAAUGCCUUUUCCACGACGGUGUUGAACUGCAAGAGUGAUGUCAUUGAUGCAUCGCUGCUAUACCGGAACACAUCCGUGAAUCCACUUCUUGGUCGUCUACCAGCGGAAGAGACUUAUAUCAAUCCAUACAUCUCACCCGUUUCGCUUCAGCUGGAUCCUUCGUAUGGCUCCAACCCGCCUCAUUGGGGCUUUGCAGGGUUCCCAAAGCAUGUCUAUAUCUCCACUGGCAGUGCAGAGCUGAACUACGAGCAGCACUUGACACUGGCAUACCGUAUGGCUGAAGGAUCUGUGCGUGGCGUGCCAUUAUUCGCAGGCAACAACCUAGAGCGCCAUGAAGACGAGCCACAUCAAUGUGUUUGGCGUUCUGAUUACCCCCGUGCGCCUGCGUGGGUCGCUCGCCAUGACACAGCUGUGAAAGAGGGUACAUCUGUAUCCUCACCGUUAGAUCAACGUGAUGUGGUGUUGGACGACACCAAGGAUGGCGUGCAUAUUUUGCCUCUGUUCAAGUGGUUUGAGCCUGAGCGAAGCCAGGUCCUAGAUCGCAUUACGUCUUGGAUCUGUGAUAUCUCAAAAUCUUCCUUGCCUAAUGCCCCUGUGAUCUCCGCGACCAAUGUGUAA